UAUUGUGUAACUGGACAAUUACGGAUUUCGAAGAGAGUUGUAUGCAAGACGACUGAUACCGAAUAUAUCUGUUUUUACCCUUGUGUCGUGGUGUGUGAUUCGGUGGAAAGUCCCGGGUUUAACAUUUGGAAAGAGCGCUCAUGUCAGGGUUAACAUGGUUGCUACUGAUGUUUAUAUUGUAACGGUUGUUAUUUAAUGUCGGGGAUUUACACUCGCUUAAUAGAUGUUGGACUGUGUUAAUGAUAUGUUACAACAUACGCCAUUAUUAUAUCAUUCUUUACUUCAGCCAAUCACGCUGCCUCCUUGAUCUACCCAGCAAAAUUCUUGAACCGAGAACACGCCGUCACCCUCUACAGGGAUGUCAAAGUCGUUUCGCAGCUGAGGGGUGCCUGCAAUGCGUUUCAGAGGCAGGCCCGCGCUGCGCAGCCCACGCAAGAGGACCUUGUCAAUGCAAAUAAGUGGUUGCCAUGGGAUGAGGUGAUUCAUUGUGUGGACAUGCAGACAGAAAGAUUUGACAUGGCACGCUCACAGAGUGCCAAGGCUAGGGAGAGCAGGAAUCUGCUGUCGAUCGCGCUUUUCGUAUUGAUACCUCCUUCCAGAGGACAAGAGAUCCGGACACUGCGAAUUGCCCCGUCCGGUGACAGAGAACACGUCCAGGGACUGAAUUCAUUAGUCUUGAAUUCAGAUGGCACCCUCAUGUUCAGAUUCGAGGAUUACAAAACAUAUGGCUCUCAUGGGGUUGAUGUCACAAAUUUGCCAGAAGAUCACAGAUUGAACGUCAUCAUAAGGGAAUAUCUGGACAAAUACAGAGAUAUUCUUCUCGACGCCUCUGACGAUGGCACAACCAACAAUUUUCUUCUCCUGACAGAUAAAGGAAAACCCUUUAGUGGUCCCGCAUUCUCAACCCACAUGAAGUCUGUCUUUUACCACCUAACAGGAGUGAGUGUCAACUUGCACCUUCUGAGAAGCUCCUUCGUGACUUAUUGUUAUGGGGACAGCCAGUGCACCGACGCAAUGAAAGACAGUUUGGAGUCGGCCUUGAGACACACAAGGAAGCAAGCUCAACUCACCUAUGACCGUAGAAAUCAUUAA